ACGAGGUCAAUGGUGGCCAAAAUUUGACAUGCUGUAUAUUUGUAUUGGUUUAAAGUUGUCAAAUUUAUAACGAAGUGAUGCAUGUCACAGUUCGUAACCCAGCCAUAAGAAAGCUGAACACAGUGCAACAUAUAAAAAGAUGUUUCAAUUCAGGAAGUGAUCAACUUGGUUCAGUCUCAAGUGAGGUGCUUUAUGCCGGCCAUGAACCGACCACUCUGCUUCAGCGCUGUGCUCUUGCAGUUGGAUCUGCACUUAUGGGCCUUAAAGAACCAACACGUUCAGACAUGAUUGCAGUUCUGGGAGAAACAACUGGUCAUUCAGCUCUUAGAAAUCUUCAUCAACAAAUGAUUUGCGAUUCAGUUGGACAGCAAAUUUUAAGGGAAAGACCUCUUGUGAAUUCAACAUCUAUUAACAUGGAAUACCUCAGAUCAUUACCCAAUGGGACAUUUGGAAAAGAAUACACAAAAUUCAUGGAUGGAUGUAAUAUCAGUGCAGAUACAAGAGAUCCUGUUCGAUUUUUGGACCACGAGGAACUAGCAUAUGUUAUGCUCAGAUACAGACAGAUACACGAUUUCACUCAUUUGUUGACUGGAUUUCCUAGUGUAUCUGUUCAGAAUGAAAUAGCAGUCAAAUGGUUUGAAAUGGUCCACUUUGGUCUUCCAAUGUGUGCAUUAGCCGCGAUUUUCGCACCAGUGAGACUUUCAAGCAGUGAAAGAGCAAUUUUGCAACGAAACAUCAUUCCAUGGGCACUGUAUGCUGGAUACAGGUCAAAAUUGCUGCUGAAUGUUUACUUUGAAAAACACUUUGAGCAAAAUAUUGAUGAAUUUAGGACGGACAUUGGGCUGAUACCCUCGCCUUGUAUACUGUAAGAUUUUGUAAACUUAUUCCUUGAUUAAAUUAUUUUAUUGAAAUGGCUUUUCAUUUAUUGAAAUUCCUUUAUAACUAAAAAUUUACUCCGAGAAAUGGAUAUGGUGCGAUUGUCUCCAAUAAGGUAUCAAACCUCCUUCUACCAAAAGAAAUGCUCACAGGUGGUAGCUGUUUGGGAGUCCUA